AUGGCUCUUGCCAAGGACCGAAUGCUACAUGAUUCAUGCAUGGGCUCAGUUCAUCAAUUAGUCCCAGACCUUUCCUCAACGGGACGAAAUUAUGCAGUUGAUGAUGAUGAAUGUAACAAGGUGGCGCUUCAAGAAGUAGCCGGGUUGGAGAGUACUGGGUUUGUCAAGAAUGUUGGCAUGAAUUCUAAUGCGUUUGUGUUUAGGCCAACAAAUUAUCAACCAGAUCAUGAAGAAGCUCACUCCUUGAUAAACUUCAAAAACGGGUAUGGUAAUGGUAAUUUUAUGCAUAGUACUUGUGAAUCUUUGCUUAGCUUCGAGCAAACUGAACGUUCUUCUCAGAACAGUUUCUUGAAAACUAAUAAUCACAAAGAAGAGUACUCAAUGUGGGAGGGUAAUUUCAGUGAUCAGAGUUACCAACGGUAUGAAAUUAGUUCGAAAUGCAGCAGUGAGCCUCGCCUAUUGGCGGAGUUCAAUUGUUUUCAGACAGCUAGCAAUUACAGCUCCAUCACUAGUACCACUACAAAAGAAAACCAGCAUGAGGAUGGUGCAUAUGGAUGGUUAUACUCAGAAGAACCUGUGGACACUGAUAGCAUCCAAGAGUCUGGAACACAUGAAACAAGCUUCCACAAGCGGCUCCAUAUGGGAGAGAGCACACAAGCUUCAAAGAAGCAAUUCGCCAAUGCAAAUAAGAAGCCAAAGCCAAAGUCAAGUUCGUCAAAAGACCCGCAAAGUAUUGCUGCCAAGAAUCGAAGAGAGAGGAUUAGCGAGCGGCUUAAAGUACUACAAGAACUUGUACCUAAUGGUUCCAAGGUUGAUCUUGUUACCAUGUUAGAAAAAGCCAUUAGUUAUGUCAAGUUUCUUCAACUUCAAGUAAAGGUGUUGGCAACAGAUGAAUUUUGGCCGGUUCAAGGUGGGAAAGCUCCUGAUAUUUCUCAAGUAAAGGAUGCAAUUGAUGCUAUUCUCUGCUCUCAGAGAGACACAGACUCAAGCUCCAAGUAA